AUGCUGUCUUUUGUUUCUAGCCCUGAUUAUCUGAGAUCAGCUGAAAUGACUGAAGUGAUGAUGAACACCCCAACUAUGGAUGAGAUCGGGCUAAGCCCCCGCAAGGAUGGCUUGUCGUAUCAGAUCUUCCCUGAUCCCUCAGACUUCGACCGUUACUGUAAGCUGAAGGACCGCCUGCCCUCAAUCGUGGUGGAGCCAACGGAGGGUGACGUGGAGAGCGGUGAGCUGAGAUGGCCACCCGAAGAGUUCCUCGUGCAGGAGGAGGAGGAAGAGGAGGAAGAAAACUGUGAAGAUGCAAAGAAGGACAACAAGGAGCAAUAAAUGGUAUCUGAGGAAAGGCAAGGGACUGCACCCUUCUGAAGGAAGAGCCACACUUCUUUUGAAAGUCUUUUUAAAAAAAAAAGACAAGUUCAAUUUUGCACCUGCGAGAUCUUAGUUUUUUUGUAUUCUCUGUAUUGAGAACUGAAGCCCUCGGUGUCACCAGACCUCCUGAGGAAGGAAGGAAGUAACGCAGAGAAAUGUUUGCUGUUCUCGAGAUCACUAUCUGUAUUUUUCCGAGGCGGAGGCAGCAGUGAAAUUCCAAGCACAUGGCAAAGGGUGACCACGCGAGGACCGCUGGAGGGGGGAGCUUGGGGAGGGGGAGGAAAGUCAGAGGCGGCAGCGUUUGGCCGGGAGCUGCCUCCAGCUAAAAGCGUGAGAACAGAGCCGUCAUCUCUCAGAUUUGCCUUUCUUACAGCUUCCAUUUUGUGUGUCGGGGGGUGGAAGGGUGUCCGUAGCAAAGAAUGGCUAAAUGCUCUACUGACGAGGGGCCUGUAG